AUGCCUAGCGGUCUCAAAAUAAACGUUUGUAAAAGGACAAAAAAUGGGAUUUACAAAGGUCAGCUAGUCAAGGUUGAAUCAGAGUUAAAUGGAGGAACGAAGAACUCUAGACCCUUUAUUUUGCGCCUCAAUGGCGAACUCUACACAGGAUGCCUCCAACAACAAAGCAAUGUUGUUAAUCACGACGACCAUCAUUCUAAUUAA